AUACACGUGUUUUUAAAACGACUUUGAAGAAUUAAGUUAGUUAUGGGCAAGUUAGGAAAGCCGCAGAAAAGCAAGAAGCACAAAAAGUUAAAGAAAACAUUCGACAGUUCGGCCGAACAAGAUUUGGAAUUCGGUCUUAAGAGGGGCAAAGCUCAGAACCUGCCAGUUGAGGAUGAAGAACUUGACAUGCAACACGUACCAAGGAAAUGGAAGGACAUUCUUCAUGCUAAAGACAGUGGAGUUGAGAAGAAACGAAAGAAGAAAAACAAGAAGAAUAAGCUUCAUUUAGAUCAGAGCCAGCAGAUGCUUCCUGGGAUGACACGUCCCCUACAGAAGGUGCCGCGGUUUGUGCAGGGCAAGUUUGAGAAGGAUGGCAAUUUCAUGCGGCGAGUCGAGAUGGAGACGCAUCGAGUCAUACAGAGGGCCCAACUGGAGGUCAAAUACAAGGUUGAUUUGACAGAUGUACAGAAUCCUAAUAAUUUGAAGAAUAAAAGACCAAAAAGUGAGCGCAAAAAACAGAAAAGCAGAGACAAAAAGAAACGAAAGUUGGAUGCUCAAAAAGAUAAGAAGUUGGACAGAUUGACAGAUUUCUCUUCUCUGAAAGACCAUGUUGCGUUUGGAGAGGUCGCUAUGGAACCCCCAACUCUCACAGCCAAACCCCGCAUGGCCGAAAUGGACGGGGAUAAAGCCAGGCCUGGUAAGAAGUCCUUACUGUUGAAGAGCUUAUUAGAUGGUUCACAGUCGAAAACUGGCAGUGAAGAAACAACAGAACCCAUCGUCCAUGUGGCAGUGCCAAAAUCUCAUGGAGACCGAAAACCGGGUCAGACUUUGAAACGUAAAUAUCUGUCCCCCGCUCAACGCCAGAUCACAGACUUUCAGAGGCAAAGAGCCAUAGACUUGUAUCGUGACAUGCGGGACAGGAAGUAUGCACAGAACAAUGUGAAGACUUGAUAUCUUGAAUGUGUGCAGCUUUAAUUAAAAAUAAAUUGUACCAGUAUUUCUGUAAAAGAGAAGCUUUGGAAAAGUAUGUUGAUACGAAUAAAACUGUCAAGAAAUCUUUUCUGAUCAACCUCUCACCAUAUCAAACUACGAACAAGAGCUGUAACAAGACAGUGCACACUCUACAUGUUUUCAAGUGUAUAUUAUAAUGGACAUUUUUCGUCUGAAGCCUGAUAUCAUUUCCACAUAGACAUUUAAAGAACAAAAGGGGCAUAAUUCUGCUCAACUGAAGGCCAGAGUUACAGGCCUUGGUCAUUGACCACCACAUGCUGAAGCAGAAGAUGUUUUCACAAUUGAAAACUUGCGGUUGCUACUGAGAUAUAGAGCUCAGCUAAUACCUAUUUGGAAGAGGCAUACAUUCUUGACAUCAAUAUUUAUGUUAAUUUUAAUUCAAUAAUUGUCUUCAUUUUCUUCUUAUUUUUACAUGUCGAGUAUGAUAGGAACAUAUCAAUCAUCAGCAUGUAUUGCUUUCAGCUACACAAGUCUGUAGUAACUUACACUUGUUAGAUCUUAUAUCAGACUGGACCAUGAAGUUGUUACAUCCAAACCUUAACCAUAGCAUAACCCAUAUAAUCUGUAAGUUGUGUAACUUGAUCGUUUAGAUAAUUAGUAGAACUAAACAAAAAUGCAUUGAAAUGUUUGCUUUAUGAGUAUUCAGACAUGAUAUACAUGUUGUCCAUUUUAGUAUGUGCUGACUGGUGGGGAUACUGGAGUAAAGCAUAACCAAUAUUUUAUCGUGUUUCUGUAUUUUAACAUACCGGUAUUUGGUACAAUUUUUUUUCUUAAGUAAGACAGAUUUUUCUAAUCAGAGAGAACUAAUUUCAAUGACAAUGUUUGGCAGUCAAUGCUUUUGACAGAUGAUUAAAAGAUUCAUAAUU